GCGGGCUGGCGGGAGAGUGAGGUUCCCGAGGGGAGAGCCGGCCGAGGGAGUCAGGCUGGGGAGCGGGGAUGCCGGGAAGUCGCAAGGAGGGAGUGAGAAAGCAGGAGGACAUGACUGAGACGGACCUGGGCUGAUCGGGACUGGAGAGGAAGGAGGCCUGACCGGCUGAGACCUGUGCGGAGAGGAGAAAGGUAAAAAUGCCACUGAAACAUAAAAAAGGAUUUGUGCCGCGUAUGGAGAAGGUGCUGUGACCGAUCGAACGUGUCAAAAGUGGUUUGUGAAGUUUCGUGCUGGAGAUUUCUCGCUGGAUGAUGCUCCACGGUCAGGUAGACCAGUGACGUUGAAAAUCAUUUGCACCAGCUUGGUUAUGUGAAUCACUUUGAUGUUUGGGUUCCACAGGAAAAGAUGCUAGAACCACAGGAGAAUGGCUUGAUUGACCUACCAGAUUAUGAGCAUAUAGAAGAUGAAACUUUUCCUCCAUUCCCACCUCCAGCCUCUCCAGAGAGAGAAGAUGGUGAAGGAGCUGAACCUGAAGAAGAGUUAGGGAGAGGAGCUCCUGUUCCUGUACCUCCAAAGAGAACAGUUAAAAGGAAUAUACCCAAGCUGAAUGCUGAGAGAUUAAUUUCAGAGAGAGGGCUUCCAGCAUUAAGGCAUGUGUUUGAUAAGGCAAAAUUCAAAGGUAAAGGUCAUGAGGCUGAGGACUUGAAGACACUAAUCAGACACAUGGAGCACUGGGCGCAUAGGCUAUUCCCUAAACUGCAAUUUGAAGAUUUUAUUGACAGAGUUGAAUAUCUGGGAAAUAAAAAGGAAGUUCAGACCUGUUUAAAACGAAUUCGACUUGAUCUCCCUAUUUUACAUGAAGAUUUUGUUAGCAAUAAUGAUGAAGUAGGGGAAAAUAAUGGCCAUGGUGUAACUGCUACCGAGUUAGAUCCCUUUCUGACAAACUCAUCUGAAAGUGCAAAGUUUGCUUCUGAGUCGAGUAGAAGCCUAACAGAAGAACAACAACAAAGAAUUGAGAGAAAUAAGCAACUGGCCUUGGAAAGAAGACAGGCAAAGCUACUGAGUAGUAGUCAGUCCCUAGGAAAUGACUUGUUAAUGAACACACCCAGUACACAGACACCUGAAGAGGGUAGUACAGGUGAGGAGCAAAAGGAGGAAGAAUCAAAUGGAUUUAACAAAGACCUUCUAGACAAUCCACAUAAUGAUGCUGCUGCCAAUACUGUAAAUGAAGAGGAGGAAUUAAAAAUAGAGAAAAUGCCACUGGACCAGUCCUUUUAAAAUACAUAAUAGUAAGUUAAAGCUUCAUCUUGAAAUGUUACUGAGGUUGGAUAGGCCUCAAAUGAGAAAAUCUAUUAACUUGCUAUCUUCCAAAUUUGAGAUGACAAUGCAUUUUGCCUACUUUGAGUGAAAAUCCUUAUAUAGUGAAACUUUUAUAGAUUCCUGUUUAAAAUCUGGUAUUAUCUAUACUUGUUUCUUAUCCACUUUCGUUGUCUAUUUAUUCUCCUUAGUGUUUAUUUUUAUAUGGGUAUGACCUUGUAAAAAUGAUUGGUAGUUAAUAAGUAGCUUCAACUGCUAGUGUGCCAUUGAAUGCCCUGUUUUUACUAAAUUGGGUGGUGUUUUAAGAUGUAAAUAUGUAAUAAAUGCUAAUGUUUUUUUUUUUUUAAAUAAUAAGCUCACAAACUAUCCCUAGAGGCUUUAUAGAAGUUUCUCAUCGCUAUUUAGUUCUACACUUUACACUUUUGGUAAAAUGUUCACAGUUGUUAUAUGUGUUUACAUGUCUUUUGAGGAGUCACUUUAAUACUUAAAGGGUCACGUGAAAAGCUGAUACAUUGCCUGGCCUGCAUAGGUGCUGGGGAAGUUCACAUGCUCCUUGGUACCUUACUGACUAGUUAGUUGGAGAGAAACUUGCAAAGUAUAAUGGGGAACACAGAGCACGUAGGGAGGAUUUGGUGGAGAUGCCAAGGAUUGGGAAGAACAUGUACAAUAAUAUAGAAAUGAAAAUCUAGGAAAUGAGAGCUUUGGGAAUGGUGAAUGUGAGGCUGAAGUGUUAGGGCCACGUGGUGGGAGGACCUAAUUGGAGUUUUUCCUGCCUGAGUUUAUCAACUUGGUGGAAGGGUAGUUGCAGAUAGAAAGUACCACGUUGAGAAUCAAGUUUAGAGGUUGGUCUGGUUCUCGGCCGGAGAUUCCCAUGGGGGAGAGGGAAAGGCAAAGCUAGUUUUUACAAACUAGGACAUGGGAAGGUUGCUUUUUUUGGGGGAAGACUGGCAGAGUGAUGGUGCUAAGUAACAAGUCUCCAGCAAGGGCAAGUCCAAUGCAACUCAUCAUCCAAGGAGAGGGUGGGAAUGGAGGUUUGAGAGAACAGACCUUACCCUGUGCACCCCACCCAGCUCCCUAAGCCCUAUCCCCAAUUGAUGCUGGGGACAGCAGGGGUGACUGAGUCAAAUACGAAAUAGGGAGUUUUAAAGUGGAUACGUGGACAGGAUGGAGCUUAUUAUCUGAAGGUGACUGAAAAGUUAAUCUGGCAGAUGUCAGAGGGGCCUAUGACCCAAAUGUAGCAAUUACUGGAAAAAUUAAUACUGUAAAAGAAUGGAUUUGAGACAAGCUAACCAAAAGUCAAUUCUGGGUUUAUUAGCAGGACCAGCAACAUGAUUUGCAGAGCCAGGAUUCAGUAUCUACUUAUCUCUGAAAAACCACUUUCCAUAGUGACCUAACUGUACUUUAUUUCAUGCAACUUAAAUUAAUGAUAAGAAAACAUUUCACAAAUAUCUGAAAUAUCUACCCAAUCCCACUCAGGGAUUGGGUGACAUGGGGUGAUGCAGAAAAUUACAUCUUAAUGUUUAAAAGAAGGUAAAACAUUCAUGUAAGACAAAGGUCUUUUAAUGAAGUAAGAAGAGUUUCAUAUUCCAUAACUGUUGGAAACAUCCAGGAGAGCCAGGUCUCUUAUUUCCUCUAGAAGUGUGUACAGGCUUCUUCCCUUUGUCUGGCAAUAUUUUUGAUAAUCUUUCUCAAUGACAUUUACUUUGACUUCUUGAGCAAGCUGAGCUUCCUCCAUUGAUCUAGUUACUUCUUUCACUAAAUCACUCUUUAGCAAGAGGGAACUCUGCUGAAAAAGUUCUGUAUCUGGCAUCAUGUAUGGUUUGUUGCUUAUUAUUUCAAGCCUUAUUGUAUCAGAAUGGCAACGUGAGGCCUGUACAGAUAUUCUCACCUGUCAUAGAGGAGAAAAUGCAUAUUACUAAAUCACAGUCUUUGUUCUUUGCAGUGAAAGCAAUACUUAACAUAAAUACAGACUUACUGUUACGUGGUCAAACAAAUGGAACGUAACAGAUUCCCCUCCUGUCGUGGUAGAGGUGAUUUUGUUUUGAAAUCGUUGAAGGGAUCCUGGUUUCCAUUCAGAAUGGCCAUCUGGGCUGCAUGAGAUCACCAAACCAUCUUUAUUUUUUAGAUAAGCAGCACCUUUAAUCCCAAACCUGAAUCAUUGUCAGAAUAAAAAUCCAGAGAUAAUAUAUUCUUAGUAUGCAGAUUUUGUAUACUUAUCUAGAAUGCUAGUUUUUCUUACAGAUUAAAAACAACUUUUCCAAAAAAAAAAAGAACUUUUCAUCUGAUUUACCUCCAAAUACCUAUUUCACUGAGCAGAUGGAAACAAAAUGUUUGGCUAAAUAACAAAGUAAAACUCUAAGACUGAUACAGAUGUACUAGAUUCUAAUAUCCAUUUAUACUUACAUAAUGAAUUAUGUAUUACAUUAUGUACAUAUGAUAACUACAAAACAGUUGCUAAAAUAAAUGCUUUAAUAAAUUACAUCUAAUGUACCAUUUAUAUACCAUGUCUAUACUUAAAGGUUAACCAUGAUUUCUUAAUAACUAUUGUGUUAGAAAUAACAUACCUUGGUAUAAACACAAGCACACCGUUUGUCCUAAUUGAAUAAAUAACCCCAUCAGCUAUGCAACGCUCCUCAGUUUCUGGGUCUUUGUCUUUAAAAUACAUGCACUGGAAGAGCUCUGUAGACUGCUUCUGAGAAUGCUGUGCUGCCUGUAAGAAGAAGCACAACCCCAAAGCAUGAUGAUGGACUUCCCUGACAUCCCCAGAAGAAACAUGGGAUUCAUAUUCCCACAGAAACAAUGACUUUUAAAAAAGGCUAGGUUCUAGAAAACUAUUAAUACAAACAUUCUUCUCUAUUAUGAAUUAAGUCAAAUUUGAGGGACCCUUUUUCAUUCCCUCAAAAAUGUCUUAGAAAAUUCUUUUAAGAAAACAACUUGUUAUUUAAAAACUGUCUAUAGUUCAUACAGGAAGAGGAAAAGUAUCCAGGUCUAUGUCUUACCUUUAUUUUCAAGUCUGUCCUACCAAAAUCCUGCUGGUAGAAGUGCAAAUUAGAACUACUAUUCUGAAGGGCAAUUUAGUAAUAGGUAUGAAAGUUUUAUUUGUGCAGCCCCUUUGACUCAGCAAUUCAUUAUUACCAGGAAUUUAUCCAGGCAAAAUGUGAGAAGUCUGUAAAAGUGUAUACACAAGGAUGGUUGUAAACUAGAUUGCCUGAACAGUGCUGCCUAACAGAACUUUCUACAAUGAUGGAAACGUUCUGUAUCUGUGUUGUCCCAUAGGUAGCCACAAGCCACACGUGUCUGUUGGGCACGUGAAAUGUGGCUAGUGUGACUGAGGAACUGAAUUUUUAAUUUAAACCAACAUGACUAGUGGCUAUAAUGUUGCACAGUAUCAAACUAGAACCCUGGAUACAGAAAAUAAUGUUAAACAUUUAGGCAGCUUCCAAUCUUAUGUAUCACCAAAUGGUCUAGUUCUAAGCUGUACAACAUUAUGGCCACUAGCAACAAUAUAAAAUAGAAUACAAAGCAGUUUCUAAAACAAUGAUGUAACUAUAUUGACAUGGUGUGCUAUCAAUAACAUGUUAAGUGAAAAAAGGCAGAUUACAAACAGCAGGUAUGAUUGGAUAAUUUUAUAAAUAAAAAGAAUUGUCUAGAAUUGUUAUUAUCUUUGGGUAGUAAGAUAAUAAUAAUCUUUCACAUUUCUACAUUUUGGGAGAAACAUCUAACCCGUGGUAAAUCUCAUAAAUCCACAUUAAGUCACUUCAGAACAUUUGUAAAUGUAUUGAGAGCUACUCAACAAACUUUUUGAUUUUUCAUAUUAUUUCGUUGGUUGGAAUAAUUCUAGCGUUUAAUUUGCUAGAAUAUACGUACUUCAUUCCACUAUACAAUAAAGCUUUUCUGUUAGCAAAAGAGAUGAUGGGUAAGAGAAUUAAAAAUUCCCUCUUACUCGGUUUCUGUUGUUGAUAUGUCUGCAUAAUUCCUCCAGAUCUUUGUUGCUGAACAAAUUUUCCUUAAUUUCCAUUUUCUUAUCUUUUGAAAUGGCUGCCAUUAACAGUCGGUGUACUAUAAUAUCUGAGUAUCUUCUUAUCGGAGAG